UCUCUCAUCAGCACCUGCUUAACUGUAACUUUUACAACAUGGUGGUCUUGCCAAGAGUGUGUAUUCUUCUCUUCAUGGUGGUCUCCUGUAGUGCUGAGUGCUACAUUCGAAAACCUAAAGUUGAUUGGUCAUCCAUCAACAACGUAACAGGCCAUCUACAAGGUUGUGUCGACUCUGAUGGGGUAACCCAUGACUUCAACUCUGAAUGGGACAAGGACUGCUACAACUGUCAUUGUACACUGUUUGGCAUUAAAUGCUGUAACAAGAUCCCAACACUAAUAGAGCACCCUGAUGAAUGCGAGGUGGUUGUUGACAAAAAAACCUGCUCCUUCACCCUAGCACUUGCUUUAGACCACAGCAAACCAUGCCCAUUUGCCUAACACAAUUGGAUGCAAUUGCACAUCUGUGGAAUAAGCCUCUGAUUCAGUGAAAACCAAUGCAAAUAAAAUAAAUGCUUAACUGUAUGAAUCACCUGAUUAUAUGAUCAUAUAAUAAAAUAAUUUAUCUGGCUUUUUCUGGAUUUUGAUUUACUGCAGAUUUGUUCAUCAUUUGUGGAAAUUGCAGAUAUCAUCUUCUCUGCU